AUGGCUGAUGGAUCCAGCCACAGCAGUCAUUUCGCGACAACUGUCUCGACAACUGUCUCGACAACUACGACCAGUAGCGGGCCUCGUACCGUCACCACCAGUCGCACUGUGACAAACCCCGAAGGCACCAACUUUACAACCAGCCCACAAUCAACAACCUUUGUGCAUUCCACGAUCACCACGGCCUACAGUAGCCCUCAGCAGCAGCAUGUUGUUGCCUCAACUGCAACCCAUACCGGGCGCCGGCCAUCGAUUCGAGUAAGAAGACAAGGCGUAGAUCCAGGCAUGCAAACUGCCACAAACAAUGUUCCACGUGCCACUCGUAGACGAAGCUCGUCGGAACCAGACCCUGCGCAAUCAGGUCCUCCGCAAGAUGAUCUCGAGAUGCGCAAGCACAUGACCGCCACUCCUCUCCAGACGCUGCACGAGGAGGGACCAGGCGCUAUCACGCCCCAAUUUCUAGCAGUUCCUUCGGCGCGUCUUCUGGAGAGACCUGCUCGGCCAGGCGCUGCUAGAAACUUGUCAUCCAUUAACAUUCGGACGAGGGGGCACGAUGCGCCAGAGUACGAGCCCCAGGUAGUGGAUAUGCUCGACGUCAUUGAUCCGGAAGUUGCAACCCUCACGACGCUGAACAACGUGCAAAACUCCUUAUUCAUUCCAAAUCUUGGUUCCUUCUACCGUCGUCAGGCUACAUAUGACCUGUCGCAGUCCUCUCUGGAUGAUUCUAAUGAAGAAAUUGGUGUUGCGCAGGGAUAUCCAGAGGUUGAGCAAGGAAAUAUUGAUGGCGGCAGGCGAAAGGCGUGUCCUCAUUCUUUGAGUCGCCGGGACACAACUGCUACGAUAUCCUCCGUCCUCACAGGCCUGUCAGAGGGACACAACUACGCUGUCCUACCCCACGGAGCGUCUCUUUCCGGAUGGACUGCGGAGGAGAAGGCUGCCUUGAACGACCAUGUACGGCAUUUGUUGCACUCACGGUGUGCGAAGUUCAGGCGUAGCAUACGGGGUUUUGGGCGCUACGUCCGAAAACCUGUCGGCUUCCUUGUCUCCCUCUAUGCCUUCCUCUUGACCUUCUGGGGCGCGGCCUGGGUGCUCUUUCUCAUUGGUUGGAUCAGCGUUCGCGGCCGUCAAACCUACUUCAUCGAAAUCUGCGAUCAGAUUCUCACCGCCCUCUUCUGUGUCGUCGGCAUUGGCUUCGCGCCAUGGAGAGCGGUGGACACGUACCACAUGGUCUUCGUCGCACGCUAUGCUCAUCUGACUUGGCGUCUGAGGAAGGAGAGGGGUCUGCCAGAUCUGAAGGAUCGGAAUGAAUUGCCAUCCCGACCGCUAUCACACGCUUGGGAAACUGGAGAAGAGGUUGGCCCUGAAUCUGAAGAGAUCGUCUUGACGCCAUCGCAACAGCAGAAAUUAGAACAUCACCAGGCCAAGCUAGCUAACUCUCACUCCUUCUACAAGCCUCACGAAACCACCACUCACCACGCUUUUUCCCUCCGCCUUCUUAUCGCCAUUGUUGUUUUGCUCGAUUGCCAUUCUUUAUUCCAGAUGGCGCUAGGUGGAACUACUUGGGGAAUCUACUACAAGAAUCGGCCUAAAGCCUUGACCGCUAUCAUUCUCACAUGCAGUAUCAGUUGCAACAUCUCCGCUGGCAUCACCAUCAGCAUUGGAGACAAGAGGAGCAGGAAGAGGAUUGUUGUCGAGCAAAUGUUUAGGCAGGGGUUGACGGAAGAGGCGCUCUCGGCUUUGAGAAGGGAAAGGGGGUUGACGGCAGAGGGUGUUGAGACAGAGAACCCGACUUGA